AUGGAAAGUAAAAUACUCGACCAAGAAACCACUAGUGAACACAAUCUGUCCAAUGAACAAAUCACUAAUAUAAAAUCAAAACGCAAAUACGAUAUAAUCGUUUUUGGCGCUUCGGGAUUCACUGGACAAUUUGUCGUUAUGGAAAUGGGUCACUUCUCUCAAACAUACAAUUUAACUUGGGCUAUUGCUGGACGUAACACUGAUAAAUUACAAAUCGUAUUAGAUAAAAUGUAUAAAACUCUUGAUGGGUAUGAAGAUAAAAAAAUUGAUAUUAUUUACGCCGAUGUACAAGAUAUUAAAACUGUAAUGAGAAUGGCUCAAACAACUUCUGUGGUUAUAAAUUGUACUGGACCAUACUAUAUAUAUGGAGAAGUUGUAGUCAAAUCUUGUGUUUUGACAUCUACUCAUUAUGUAGAUGUAACUGGUGAAUCAUUAUUUAUGGAGAAAAUGGCAUAUAUGUAUAAUAGACAAGCUGAAGAAAACAAUUCAAUAAUUGUUAGUGCACUUGGUAUGGAGAGUGCACCUGCUGACCUUGGUGUAGAAUUCUUAUAUAAACAUUUUAAUGGUGAAUUGGAAAAUGUUGACAUGUACAUGCAACUUUAUAGCAGUUCAUUUGUAUUAACUAACAGUGCACUUAUACAUGACGGUACUUGGAUAAGUGCUAUAUUACAUUUGGCUACUAAAAAACAACGCUUAUACUACCGAAAUCUGUUAGAUGAGUUAAUGGGAUUAACAAGAAUAAAACCAAAUGUUUCCAAGAUAUUGCAUAGACAACAAAUCAGCAUGCAACGUGACACGAAAGAAUGGUGUUUAGCUUUUCCAGAACCAGAUCAAGCUGUUGUUGCCAGAUCAAUACAUCAUGCCAAAACUAUAGACAAUUUACCUUAUAAUUUUACUGUUCGAAACUAUAUGGUUUUUGGUAGUUUAAUAUCAGCAGUUCUUGGUUUAUUCGUAUUUGUAUUACUGUCGAUCAUGGCCACAUUUGAACCUUUUAGAAUUCUCCUUGUUCGGUUUCCAAAAUUGUUUUCAUUUGGGAUUGCAACAAGAACUGGUCCAAAUGAAAAAAUAUUGGAAAAUUCACGUAUGACGUUAACUUUAAUUGGUCACGGGACAACAAGUGUCAAGCCUCCUUCUGCUAUUCUUAAGAAAAUAACAAAUAAAGAUAAUACUACCACAAGAAAAACUAUUGUUAAGGUCAAAGCUAAAAACCCAGGUUAUGGAUUCACUAGUAAAGCUGUUAUCUUGGGAGCAAUAACUAUAAUAAAAGAUCAAAUUAAUAUUCCUAAAGGAGGUGUUUUAACACCAGCUGCUGCAUUCCGUAAUACUCAAUUUGUGAAUCGUUUAAUGGACCAUGAUGCUGCUGUUUUUGAAAUUGAGUCUGACUUGGUUACUUACAGACAACAAUCAAAAUCAAUUUAA